UGGAAGCUCCAGGGAGGGGAUGGAUGGAGAGAUGGAUGGAGAGAUGGAUGGAGGGAUGGAGAGAUGCUCUGGUGGGGGCUGCAAUCUCCAGGCUGGGAUGGAUGCUUUGGAAUGGGAUGGAUAUUUGUGGUUGGAGGAUGCUCCAGGGCAGGAGGGAUGGAUGCUCCAAGUGGGAUGGAGAUCCCUGGAUAGGAAAGAUGCUCUGGGAUGGGAUGGGUAUCCCUGGACAGAAAGGAUGCUCUGGGAUGGUAUGGGAUGGAUAUUCCUGGACAGGAAGGAUGCUCUGGGAUGCUCUGGGAUGGGAUGCUCUGGGAUGGGAUGGAUAUUCCAGGACAGGAAGGAUGCUCAGGUGGGCUCCAGCUCCCCCCACCGUUCCCAGCUCUCUCCCAGCUGUGUGGCUCCACAUCUGGAGCUGCCCACCCACGGCUCCCAGGCCUGGAUCCCGGAUCCCAGAUCUGUGCCCGUGCAGGAUCGGGCCCCGGUGCCCCCCCGGGUGGGGACCCCCGUCCCUUCCCCGUCCCUGUCCCUCCCCCCGGGGCCGUGGCAUCUCCUCUCCUCGUUAUCGAUCCUCAUUAAUACCAACACUCCAGUUAUUUUUAGCCGGGGGGGAGCCCUGGGUGGGGGGAGGGGGGGUCAGGGGACCCCAGCCCGGCCCUGCUGCCCCAGGGGGGUGUCCCCGUCCCCCCCUUUGCCCCCCUUCCCCCCAGCUGGGAAGGAGCAGCGGGAACUUUGUACAUAAAAAGGGUUCAACCCCAACCCCUUCAACCCCCCCUGCCCCAUAUCCCACCCGGGGGUGGCCCCGGGCCCCCCCCGUGUCUCCUGUCACCACUCACUGUCCCUGUUCGGUGUCAGUGUGUCCCCCCCCGACCCCGGGACCCCCCCGUGGCCACCCCGGGCAGGGCUGGGGGGUCCUCGGGGACAGGGACCCCCCCAGGGACGGGACCCCCGUGCACAGGGACCCCCGGGGACAGCCCCCCCCCCCGCGGCGCUGCCAGGGCGUGGCCGGGGGGGUGUCCCUCGUUUUGGGGGGGGGCUGUGCCGUGGGAAUAAAGGCCUUGCAGAAGGGCUGCGGCUCCGGGGGCCGGCCCGGGAAAAGGGGGGGUGGGAAUCGGGCUCGGGGGGUGGGAUCGGGCUCGGGGGGUGGAAUCGGGCUCGUGCCCGCUCCCGGCUCCAGCCCGGCCAUGCUGCGGGUCCUGCUCCAGCGGGCCACCCACCUCCCGAGCCUGGAAAAGCGGGAGAAGCAGAGCGAUCCCGUGGCCAGCCUGACCUUCCGAG